UAUUUUCCCAACAAAUGGAGCUCUCUUUGUUCUCUAUGCUUCCCUUUGCUUUCCUAUUCAUACUCUUCUCUAUUUCCCUCACAAUUUUCUUCAACCAAAAGGCCACCAGCAACCUCCCUCCGGGGAAGACAGGGCUGCCUUUCCUCGGCGAAAGCCUCGAAUUCCUCACUGAUGGCUGGAAAGGCCAAUCAGGGAAGUUCAUACAUGACAGGAUGGCCAAAUUCUCUCCCCAAGCCUUCAAAACAUCAUUGUUCGGAGCACCGACGGUGGUGAUGUGCGGUGCACAGGGAAACAAGUUCCUCUUCUCCAACGAGAACAAGCUGGUGACGGCGUGGUGGCCGAGCUCCAUCAACAAGAUCUUCCCUUCCUCCAACCAAACUUCUUCCAACGACGAAAUGAAGAAAAUGCGAAAACUUCUCCCUCAGUUCCUCAGGGCCGAAGCCCUCCACCGAUACAUCGGCAUCAUGGACACCAUAGCCCAGAGGCACUUCGACUCCGACUGGAAAAACACUGAUAAUAACAAUCAUAACCAUGACGUCAGCCUGGUAACGGUUUUUCCAUUGUCGAAACUGUACACCUUCUGGCUGGCAUGUCGGUUGUUUAUAAGCGUGGAAGAUCCCGAACACGUCGCCAAAUUCUCGAAGCCAUUCGAGCUUGUGGCGUCCGGGAUGUUCUCCAUCCCAAUUGACUUGCCAGGGACCGCGUUCAACAAGGGAAUCAAAGCCGCUAAUUUGAUCAGGAAAGAGCUUAGAGAGAUCAUAAAGCAGCGAAAGAUCGAUCUGGCGGAGAAUAAAGCGUCCCCGACACAAGAUAUAUUGUCGCACAUGUUGCUCACUCCGGACGAGGAUGGGAAGUACAUGCAGGAGAUGGACAUUGCAGACAAGAUUCUAGGGUUGCUUGUUGGAGGACACGACACUGCAAGUGCCACUGUCACUUUCAUUAUCAAGUAUCUUGCUGAGCUUCCUCAUGUCUACGACCUAGUCUUGAAGGAACAAAUGGAGAUUGCAAAACCAAAAGCACCAGGAGAACUGUUGAAUUGGGAGGAUUUACAGAAAAUGAAGUAUUCAUGGAACGUUGCAUGUGAAGUCAUGAGACUUGUACCUCCCCUUCAAGGUGCUUUCAGGGAGGCCAUUACUGAUUUUAUGUAUGCUGGUUACUCUGUUCCUAAGGGAUGGAAGUUAUAUUGGAGUGCACACUCAACCCACCAAAAUCCUGAAUACUUUCCUGAACCAGAAAAAUUUGAUCCAUCAAGAUUUGAAGGGACUGGACCAGUACCCUACACUUACGUUCCAUUUGGAGGAGGGCCUCGGAUGUGUCCCGGCAAGGAGUAUGCAAGAUUGGAAAUUUUAGUUUUCAUGCACAACUUAGUCAAAAGAUUCAGGUGGGAAAAAGUGCUUCCAUGUGAGAAGAUUGUUGUCAAUCCAAUGCCUGUCCCUGAAAAAGGCCUUCCAAUUCGCCUCUUUCCUCAUAACCCUUCACAAAGUUCUUAAUUAAAUUGGCACCUAUAUUUAUCAUCCUCUCUCCUCAGAAGCACUUGUUAGCGCUAGCUUGGAAAGUGCUUACUUGUAAUACCUUUUAUAUAUUUUUGUUUAUUUUGAUUUUUGUUUAGUUCCUUCAAUGGCACUAAAUUAAUAAGUGGAAGAAAGAAAUAACUUUUUAUAUGUAUUAGUAGCGGUAAGCCCCGUUUAUGUACUGGAUUUUAUAAUUUAAUAAAAUAUAAUAGAUAACC